AUGGCAACUACCUUGGCCCCGCCUGGUGGUCCCGUGCCGGCAACGAAGGCCAAAUCUUUUGCUGAUCUGGUAAUGGCUGUUCCUCAACCUCUCCCAAAAGUUAACCUUCCAAUGAGGCCCCUGAUAAUCGAUGGUCAGGUAUGCUACAUGUUCUCCAAGGAAGAAAUGGCGUUGUCGGCAGCACCUUUCAAAUACUCUCUGGUUUUGAAAUUUCUUCGGCAGAGACCGACAUUAGAUGCUAUAAGGAUGUUUAUUUGGCAGAGAUGGAGAUUAAUAGGAAACAUAGUGGUCUCCUCCAUGAGCAAAAACCAAAAUGUUUUCAUCUGUUUAAUAUCGGAAGAAGAUUUUAACAAGGCCUUUUCCCGAGAGGCUUGCGAGAUAAACGGAGUUCCUUAUAGAGCUUUCCAUUGGACGCCGAGAUUCACGGAAGAGGAAGAAACGCCUUUUGUUCUGGUCUGGGUCAUGCUCUCAAGUCUCCCCCCAAACUUCUAUCAUGACUCAAUCCUCAAAAUAAUAAUGGCACAGAUUGGGAAGUUCAUACGGUCCGAUAACUCCACUCGUUGUACAAUAAGAAUGGACGGAGCUGGAGUUUGUCUAGGAGUUGGGCCCGUCUCGACAGAGGUUUGA